CUAUGUUAGAGGUCAGAAUCCCUGUUCAGAAAAGGUAAAAUCCGAAUCCAAAUCAAAAGUGGUGUUGAAAAUAAUCCCACUUUUAAUUUGAGUAGAUUUCAACCCAAGACUAUUGGGCAAAUCAGGUGGGACCAACUAAGUAGUCUAAGAGUCAAGACUAAAACUCAAGGAAGCCUCAACUGUCGACUCCCACCAGAACACCCAGUCCGCUAGUCAUACCAGUAACCAUAUCCAUUUCAAUUUUCAAGCACCAACACCUACACAACAAUGGCGGAAGCAGCAAUACCAGAAGAAGAAAAUAAAACAGUCAAAUACGGAAUAAUAGGAGUAGGAAUGAUGGGUAAAGAACACCUUAUCAACCUUUACUACCUCCGUGAUCACGGCGUCUCCGUCGUCUGUAUCGCUGAUCCUCACCCUCCUUCUCUUGAUUCCGCCAUUGAUCUUGCCCACUUCUUUAAUUGGACUCUUCAGGUGUUUUCAGGGCAUAUGGAGAUGUUGGAUAGUGGGUUGUGUGAUGUAGUGAUUGUUUCAUCUCCAAAUAUGACUCAUUAUGAAAUUUUGAUGGAUAUUAUUACUCAUCCUAAACCUCAUCAUGUUCUUGUGGAGAAACCCCUCUGUACUACUGUACCCCAUUGCAAACAGGUGAUAGAAGCUGCCAAAAUAAGACCAGAUAUAAUGGUGCAAGUCGGUUUAGAGUACAGAUACAUGCCUCCAGUUGCCAAGCUGAUAGAAAUAGUGAAGGGCGGAGAGUUAGGUCCAAUCAGAAUGGUGUCAAUAAGAGAGCAUAGAUUUCCGUUCUUGGUUAAGGUAAAGAACUGGAAUCGAUUCAAUGCUAACACAGGAGGGACCUUAGUGGAGAAGUGCUGCCAUUUCUUUGAUCUCAUGAGAUUGUUUGUGGGUGCAAAUCCUAUUCGCGUGAUGGCAUCCGGGGCAAUGGAUGUUAAUCACAAGGACGAGGUUUAUGAUGGAAAGGUACCCGACAUAAUUGAUAACGCAUAUGUUAUCGUGGAAUUUGAAAAUGGUUCACGGGGCAUGCUUGACCUGUGCAUGUUUGCUGAAGGAAGCAAAAACGAGCAAGAAAUAUCCGUAGUUGGGGAUGUCGGAAAGGGUGAGGCCUUUGUCCCAGAAAGCAUCGUAAGGUUUGGCACCCGAAUAGCAGGCAGAGACGAUGUGCAAACUGUACAAACGGUAGACGAACGAAUAAAAUAUGAUGGAUUGCAUCAUGGUUCAAGCUUCUUGGAGCACUUAAACUUCUUGAAUGCCAUCAGAAAUAAGGACACCCGGACGCCUGAGGUUGAUCUAGUAGACGGGCUGAUUUCUGUGGCUAUAGGAGUCGCUGCACAAGUGUCCAUUGAGCUGGGUCGAUUUGUUACAAUAGACGAGGUCUUAAAAUAAUCGAGGAUUCGAGGUAGCCCAAAAUGUCGUCAGAAUUGCUAGUCAUUAGGAGAUUACUAUUUUCUGCUGAAUUGACUCCUUUUCCUUUAUAUGUAUUAUACUGUAAUGAUGGAGGAAUGUCUAAAUUUUCUUCAUGUUUUUAAGUAGUUACUUUACUGCUAGUUCUAUAUAGUUAAACUGUAUUCCAAUUAUGGCCGGUUUUCCGUAGACCAUAAUCUUAAAUCAUUUCUUAUACUGUUUAUCAUUUCUCUGGUAAUAAAACUUUAAUCAUAAAAAUUAUGUUAUUCA